ACGUCGCCUGUUAUCUGGUCAACACGUGUGAUUGGAAUUUUGAAAAGUUGCGUAUUUAUUUUGGGAGAAAUCAUGGCUAAUUCAGAAAUUAAAAAAAGCAAGAAGCGCAAGUUGAAAAUGAUUCAAGAUGCUGAGAAAAAAAAAGACCAACCGAAAUCAAAUGGAAUAAAAAAGAGAAAAGAGGACAUCAUUGAGAAAAAUGUAGAAGAAAAAUCAGAAGUUAAACAGCCUAAGAAGAAGAAAAGGAAAAUAACAAAUGGUUGUGGAAGUGAAGAGAUAUCAAAAGAAAACAAUGAAGAAGUACCUAAAAAGAAGAUUAAUAAAUCUUCUGGUGACACAGAUUCAACCAUAAUAGAAGGUGGAGAAUCUAACACAGAUGCAAAGGAAGAAAUAAAUUAUAACAUUCCAAUCACUUAUGAAACCAACUUCGAUUCACUUGAUAUUUGUGAAGAUACUAAAAAGGCAAUCUCUGACAUGGGUUUCACAAAAAUGACAGAGAUUCAAGCUAAAAGUAUACCUCCUUUGUUAGAGGGUAAAGAUUUGCUUGGGGCAGCGAAAACAGGAUCUGGGAAAACUUUGGCUUUCCUUAUUCCUGCUAUAGAAAUGAUUUUUAAAAUGAAAGUUUCGCCAAGACAUGGUACUGUGGUAGUUAUUAUUUCUCCAACCAGGGAAUUGUCAAUGCAAACGUUUGGUGUACUGAAAGAGCUAUUGAAAUACCAUUCUUUAACCUAUGGUCUGGUUAUGGGUGGAGCAAACAGGACAAUGGAAGCUCAAAAACUAUCCAAAGGUAUCAACAUACUUGUUGCAACACCUGGCAGAUUGUUGGAUCACAUGCAGAACACUCCUGACUUCUUAUAUAGGAAUUUAAAUUGCUUGAUUAUUGAUGAAGCUGAUAGGAUUCUGGAUAUCGGGUUUGAAGAGGAUAUGAAUACGAUUCUCAAGCUCAUUCCCAAAAAUCGUCAAACAAUGCUGUUCAGUGCUACCCAGACUAAAAAAACUGAGUCUUUGGCAAGGUUGGCACUGAAGAAGGAGCCUGUAUAUGUGGGUGUAGACGAUAACAAAGACACAGCUACUGUAACAGGCUUAGAACAAGGUUAUGUAGUGUGUCCUUCAGAAAAAAGAUUACUUGUUCUUUUCACGUUUUUGAAAAGGAACCGUAAGAAGAAGGUGAUGGUAUUUUUCAGUUCUUGUAUGUCUGUCAAAUACCACCACGAGCUAUUUAAUUAUAUUGACCUGCCAGUGAUGUGUAUACAUGGAAAACAGAAGCAAAUGAAGAGGUCAACAACAUUCUUUGAUUUUUGCAAUGCAGAAUCUGGUAUACUUCUGUGCACAGAUGUAGCGGCUAGAGGUCUGGAUAUACCGGCCGUUGACUGGAUCGUACAAUAUGAUCCUCCAGACGAUCCUAAGGAGUAUAUUCAUCGUGUGGGGCGAACAGCCAGAGGUGAAGGUAGCAAGGGUCAUGCCCUCUUGAUAUUGAGGCCUGAGGAGCUGGGAUUCCUUUGGUAUUUGAAACAAGCCAAAGUGCCCCUCAACGAAUACGAGUUCGUUUGGAACAAGGUUUCAAAUAUUCAAUUACAGUUGGAGGCUUUGAUAAGUAAAAAUUAUUUCCUGCAUAUGUCUGCGAAAGAAGCCUUCAAGUCAUAUGUAAGAGCGUAUGACUCCCAUCAGCUCAAGACCAUUUUUGAUGUGAACACUUUGGAUCUGAUGCAAGUUGGAAAAUCUUUUGGAUUCACAACACCUCCAGCUGUGGAUUUAAAUGUUAAAGGCCACAGACCAGAAAAAAGAAGAGGAGGCGGUGGAUUUGGAGCAUAUAAGAAACUGAACACAUUCGAAGACAAAAAAUUCACGUACAGACAACCGCAAAAAAAUAAAAAUAGGAACGAUAGCAGACAGUUCGCGAGGUAGAUUUCGAUACAGUGGAUAAGGAUGGAGUUGAUCCUGAUGAAACUAAUGCUUGCAUUUGAAUUCUCUUGUACAUAUUUAUAUUUAUACGCAUCAUCAGGAAAUUCAAGAAAAAUUCAAAUUAUUCUCGAUGAAUAAAGAGUAAAUUGUUAA